AUGUUCAAUGCUGCUGCAUUGCAACAAAUUGCUUUACAUUUAUCACAAAUUAAUGAUGAUUAUGGUAAUGAUAAAGAAGAACAGCAACAGCAGAAACUUAUUGAAAUUGCAAAACGUACAAUUGAUAAAUAUAACAAUGACCAGAACAAUAAUACAUCAAUAUUAAAAUCAUUGAAUUUAUUAUACCCGUGUACAAGUCGUUGGUUAGAAGUUCAUCGUGAAUUUCGUGAUUGUACACACUAUUUUAUUGAUGCUGAUUCACUACUACUAACUGUUUCACAUUAUUCAAAUGUUAAUGUAAAUGAAUAUUAUGGUCACACAUUACAUGUUAUCUAUAUUAUUGAACGCAUACUACUAACAUUAUUUAAUCAAUUAAAUGAAAAAAAUUAUUAUAUUCUAUUUUUUGAUGAUUUAAAAGAUAAACUUAGCAAUAGUAGUAAAUCAAUAUUAUAUUUAUUAAGACAAUGUUUAAUUGAACAUAUUUAA